UUUUGUGCCAGGAACCCCUUUGGCAGCCUGGGGGCUUAUGAAGUACGUUUCAGAAGAGUGCUUUUAAAUGCACCCCCCCCCCAAACCACAGGGUAUAAGGGAAUUAGAUUGCACAGAAUACAGGUAUCAAAACAGAAAAGCUGAUUUAUGAUUUAGCAAUGUGUGUGCAUCUUCAUUCAUGCAUUAGAUAAGGUCUAGCAGGAGGUGGUAAGAACUGUGAGUCCAGAGUAAUACUGGUACUGCUUGCUGAGGUCCCUGUGAUGGGACAUGGGAUUAUCCAGGAUGCUGACAGGCACAGAGUCGUGGGCAGUGCUAACCGUACCCUGGCACUGCCUGCACCUUAAUGGGAGGCACUGCCCAGUGUCAGUUAGAAAUUACUGAAAAUGAGGGUUGCUUUUCCCCACGUAAGUUCUAGGACCUGCUGGCCUCUCUCACAGACCUGCUGGAGUCGCGUGAGUUCCGCUGGCUCUGGAAUUCUGUGCAGGCUUUUCACAUCGCUGAGUUCCUGGCGGCUCAGUGAGCCCAGUGGCAGCUUCUGACGUGUUAAGACUUCCUAGGAGUAGCCGAAGCUUUGUGUUGCCCUUUGCUCAGGCAGGAUCUCCUCUCCCGGGGACGCCCCAACCCAGUGCCAAGGAUCCCUAUGGCACAGGGUAGCACCUGCCUGGAAGCAGCCUGGAGUGAACAAGAGAAACUCACACUUCCCACGUGCAGCACCGGGUCGUGCUGGCCGAGGACCCCCUGCCCCAGGCUGCCGCUCCUUUCCAACGACGGCUUCCGCUUGUUCCACUGGACAACGGGAUUCUUCUUUCCUCACUGCCACUAAAUGCCUGUGUGCAGGCUGCCGUCCGGUGCAGGGAGCAGGGUGGAGCUUUUUGCCUGAGGAUGGCCGUUCCGCCGUGCAGGAUGAGGGCAGAGUACGUGGCAGCACCAGCAUCAGGGCACAGCGCGACCUUCCGCAUCUCCCUUUCCGGCCGGCACACUGCUUCCUGUGUCCAUCAUGGUGUUUGGUGAGUUCCUCCAUCAUCCUGGACAAGAUGAGGAACUGGUCAACUUGAACGUGGGGGGCUUCAAGCAGUCUGUGGACCAGAGGACCCUGCUGCGGUUCCCUCACACCCGGCUGGGCAAGCUGCUCACUUGCCACUCGGAAGAGGACAUUCUAGAGCUGUGUGAUGAUUACAGUGUGGCUGACAAAGAGUACUACUUCGAUCGGAACCCGUCCUUGUUCAGAUACGUCUUGAACUUUUACUACACGGGGAAGCUGCACGUCAUGGAGGAGCUGUGUGUGUUCUCCUUCUGCCAGGAGAUCGAGUACUGGGGCAUCAACGAGCUGUUCAUUGGCUCCUGCUGCAGUAGCCGCUACCAGGAGCGCAAGGAGGAGAGCCAGGACCGAGACUGGGAGCAGAGAAGCAACGACGUGAGCACUGACUCCUCCUUCGAAGGGUCUUCUCUCUUCGAGAAGGAGCUGGAGAAGUUCGACCAGCUGAGGUUUGGUCAGCUCAGGAAGAAAAUCUGGAUUCGGAUGGAGAACCCCGCAUCCUGCCUGUCAGCCAAGCUCAUUGCUAUCUCGUCCCUGAGCGUGGUGCUGGCCUCCAUUGUGGCCAUGUGUGUGCAUAGCAUGGCAGAGUUCCAGAACGAGGACGGAGAGGUGGAUGACCCUGUGCUGGAAGGUGUGGAAGUCGCGUGCAUUGCCUGGUUCUCGGGGGAGCUCGCCAUCCGUCUGGCUGCCGCUCCCUGUCAGAAGAGGUUCUGGAAGAAUCCCUUGAACAUCAUCGACUUUGUCUCCAUCAUUCCCUUCUACGCCACGUUGGCGGUGGACACCAAGGAGGAGGAGAGCGAGGACAUCGAGAACAUGGGCAAGGUGGUUCAGAUCCUCCGGCUCAUGCGGAUUUUCCGCAUCCUGAAGCUUGCCCGGCACUCAGUGGGACUUCGGUCUCUUGGGGCCACACUGAGGCACAGCUACCAUGAGGUCGGGCUGCUGCUGCUUUUCCUUUCUGUCGGCAUCUCCAUCUUCUCCGUGCUGAUCUACUCUGUGGAGAAGGACGAGCUGGCAUCCAGCCUCACCAGCAUCCCCAUCUGCUGGUGGUGGGCCACCAUCAGCAUGACGACUGUGGGCUAUGGAGACACCCACCCCAUCACCUUGGCAGGGAAGGUCAUCGCCAGCACCUGCAUUAUCUGUGGCAUCCUGGUGGUGGCUCUUCCGAUCACCAUCAUCUUUAACAAGUUUUCCAAGUACUACCAGAAGCAGAAGGAGAUUGACGUGGACCAGUGCAGUGAGGAACCCCCUGAGAAGUGUCACGAGCUACCUUACUUUAACAUCCGGGACAUUUAUGCACAGAAGGUCCAUGCCUUCCUCGCCAGCCUGUCUUCUGUUGGCAUCAUGGUAAGCGAUCCUGACUCUACGGAUGCUUCGAGCGUGGAGGACAGUGGGAAUGCCUACAGAAGUGUGUCCCUGGAGAAGUGCACCGCUCCGUGAGCAGGGGUGGCUAUGCAGUGUUUGUGUCCUUUCCCAACAUUAGGUUAACACAGCUUUAUAAACCUCAGUGGUUUGUUAAAAUCAUUUAAUUCUCAGGGUGUAACUUCUAGCCAUAGUUGGACAUUCACUGCUGAAUUCUGAGAUGAUAGAAAAAUUGUCUUUAUUUUUUAUCAGUGAGGUCAAUUAAAUGCCUUGUUCUGGAAUUUAUUUUUUACAAGAGAGAGUUGUGAUAUGGUUUUGGAAAAAAAAAAAAAAACAGUCCACGGCAUUGGGAGGAUUUGUUGCUACAGCUUAUGCAUCAUUGUGCAUUGUCAUUUACUCACAUUGAGCUAACUGUAAAAUCAGAGGUCCAGCUGACGAGGACUACAUGCACGUAAGAUCUGCAAAAUGAGACAAUGCAUGUAAACUCAUAGUCAUGUUUCAGACAUGGAAAUCAGGAGCCUAAUAAACCUCCUAACUCAGUA